AUGGCUUUCUUUGGCAGCAUAUUUGGCAAAGAUGAUAUUAAAAAAAAAACCAAUAAAAUACGACCUAAUGUCUCAAAAUUAGUUUUCGGUAUUCCUUUGGAUCAAGCAAUUGCAGUUGCGCGCAUAAAAGAAGG